UUAGGUUGUUAGAAGUUUUCAAAUUCAAAUAAAGUUGUUGCAGAUGCUGUUAGUUAUUGCUGAUUUUUCUCUAAUUGUAAGUCUAUAUAUUGAAGUUCCAAAAUACGGAAAAGGGACUGGGGGAAUUUAGUAUUGGACGAUCGUAGUAUCGUAGGCCUCCUUGUGAGGAUUUCCGUUGAAGUGUCAUUUCAUUUCUCAUAUCAAUAAAGCCGAGUUCUUUCAUCUGAUUGAGUGUGGGAGUUUAUUUCUUCCUCUGCAUAUUUGAUAGAGCACUUCUUGUGCUCCUCUUAUUGUCCGGUACCUUUACUCUUAUCACAUAGUCUCGGCGCCUCCAUUCUAUCCCUAAUUCUCUCACAGUUCCAGUCCGUCGCCUCCGCCCUCCAGCCAUCCACCCGACCACGCCGGCGCUUCGAGAAGAAGGUGCUUGAAAAAUGUCGUCGCUCUCCCUAUAAAAGCUCAUAGGGAGCGUUCUCAGCCGUGAGAUUGUUUUUGUUUUCCUUUUCAUAGUUUUAUAUUUUUAAUUGUUUUCAUUUUAUGAUUUGUUUGGUUGUAUGUCAGGCAAUCGUGAAAGAAAUUUGGGCUGCUCGAGAAGCAUAAGGAUUAUAUCGACCAUGCACGCACAGAAAAGAGGAAACAUUGCAAAAACUAAAUCAAAAGGCGGCGUUCAGGAAUCCAGAUGAGUUCUACUUCAAGAUGAUUAAAUCGAAAACUGUCGGUGGAGUCCAUAGAGAAGAGUAAGUUUAGAAACUGUUUUUUGACUCAAAGGAUCAUGGUGAAGUGGUGAAGCGAACAAGUACACCAAGGAAGAGCUCAUGUUGAUGAAGACGCAAGAUAUUGGAUAUAUUGAUAGAGUUGUUACAUAGGUUCAAUAUUGUUCGAACAUUGUUUGUUUUGUUACAGAAAAUUGAAAUACUAAAUGCUAUGCUGCACUCUGUUGGCAACCAGUCAUCAAGGCAACAUGUAUACUAUGUCGAAGAUGUGACCGAAGCAAGAGAAAUACGAGCGGAGGCUUCUGAACUCAGAGAAAACCACCCCACUUUUGAAGACUUGGCAAUAGAUAUUAAAAGGAAGACAAGUGGCUCGUAUCAUGAGCUAGAGGCUAGAAGAAACCGAGUUAAAGAGUUGGAGAAGAUAUACAUGGAUAUGGCAAUGCAAAAAGAAUUGCAGAAAAAGGGCCGGAACAGAAGCUUCGUGAAGAUGAAGUCGUUUGUCCGAUGCCAGCACCUGUAUUCAAAUGGCGACAGGAAAGGAAACGCUGAGAGAGGAGUUGGGGAGAGAAGAGAUAAUGUUGCUGAUGCAGAUCUUCUGAAAUAUGAGUAAACUCAAAAAAACAACAGUGAUGUAUGUAAUUCUUUAAACUUUUAGUGAGGGAAACAUUAUUCUAAUGAAUACUAUAACUCCAUCUAUUUUCAUCUAUCAUUUUUUUUCCCAUUAUUCUAAUGAAUACUAUCUAUGACUUCCAUUUUGAAAAAAAUUACUCUCUCUAUUCCACUUUACCAGUCUCAGAUGAGUUGUGCGUGGUUUUAAAAAAUGCAAAUGAGAGUUUGGUGUAAAAAGAUUAUGAAAUGUGAGUCCCAUUUUUAUAUAUUAGUUUCAAUAUAAAAUGUGAGAGGAAUAGAGAAAGUGGAAUGCUUGACUUAUUACCGUUUAGAUAGGAUCCUAACUGGAACUCAUAAUAUACGACGGACUAAAAUCGAAAACUGAGAUUUCUAAAGUGGGACAGAGGGAGUACUAUUUAGUUUAUACUUCACUACAAAAAAAACACUGUUUACCGAGCACCAAUAACGAGCACAAUUAAUUGUGCUCGGAAACUAGCGAGUACCUUAACUUGUGCUCGGAACCAUACCGACCACAAUUGAAGGUGGUCGCCAAUAUCAUAAAAUUAGGCGUUAACUUGCGAUCAACACGAGCACGGUCAACGUGCUCGGCGUAGCAAUUUAAGUCGGGGAACAAUGAGGCACCGAUUUCUGAGGAGUUGUGCUCGAAACAUUCCGACCACCCCAAAUGUGGUCGGGAAAAAAAAUCUUGUAUAAAUAUUCAAUGCAUGCCAUGCGAAUUUUGGAUAAAUGUUUUUAAGAAAUAGCGAGUACAUGAUAUGUGCUCGGAUAAUUCCGAGCACCCUAAAUGUGGUCGGGAGAAAAAGACUUGUAUAAAUAUUCAAUGCAUGCCAUGCGAAUUUUGGAUAAACAUGUUUAAGAAAUGGCGAGUGCGCAACAUUCCCCAAAUAAUAUAUUCAUGAGACAUUCAUGUCACACUGCAACAACUUUCUCAUAGAAAAUGUAUUCGUUAUUUUUAUAGAUAUUGCGAGCAAUAUAUGUGUGCUGGGAAUAUUCCAAAAAAAAUAUAUUCAUGCAAUAUUCCAACAAUUAUGUAUCAUAAAAUAUAUAUGCAGUGUAUUUGUUUUAUUUUUAUGGAUCAACCGAGCACAAUAUAUGUGCUUGGUAUAUAUUUUUAUGGAUAAACCCUACAUGUGCUCGGCAUUCCAAAAAAAUAUAUUCAUAAACACUUCAACAAUUUUAUACCAUAAAAUAUAUAUGCAGUGUUUUCUAUUUAUUUUUAUAGAUGUCUCGAGCACUAUAUAUUUGCUUGGAAAAUUCCGACCACGCUAAAUAUGCUCGGCAUUCAAAAAAAAUAUAUCCGUCCCCACUUCAACAAUUUCGUACCAUAUACUAAUAUAUAUGCAGUGUAUUUGUUUUAUUUUAUGGAUCAACCGAGCACAAUGUAUGUGCUUGGAAUUUCACGACCACCCCACAUGUGCUCGGCAUUCCCAACAAAAAAUAUUCAUAAACACUUCAACAAUUUUGUACCAUAAAAUAUAUAUGAUAUAUAUGAUGUGUUGUGUAUAUGUAAUUUUAUAGAUAUAGUGAGCACUAUGUAU